AUGGUGCCGGUGUUUUUCAGGAUGUUGACGAUUUCCGACGCGGCAGCCCCGGACGUUGAGGUCGAACUCUCUGCGCGAGUUGGCGGGCGUGGGCACGGCGAGGUUGAUGCAGAAAGCGAGCGGGAGCGUGGCGAUGUUGAAGAGCGACUCGAACGGCUUGUUGCGCAGGGCCAGCCGGCCGUAGUUGGGGACCAGCUUGGUUUUCCACGAGACCUCGACGGGCUCUGCGGACAGGAUCGUCGUAAUCGACGCCGCCGACGCGACGGACGACGUGCGCGAGAGCCGCGCUGGUGGCAGCAGCCGGUCCUCGUCAGAGACCGGCGACUGCGGCGUGUCGUCGUCGGCGGGCGUGAUGACGAUGUGCAACGGCAAAGGGACGUCGUACUGCCCCGUCUGGACGGGCUCGUCGCCCGACUCGCCGCGGCAGUAGUUUGCUAUGUGUUUGAGGUCGCACGUUCUGAAGGCCAGCUUGAUGGAGUCCGCCAGCGACAGCCGGAAACUCUGGCCCGUCUCGAGACUCUCGAUGUUCUGCUCGAACGCGUCGACCGCCGUUGCCUCUGUUUCGGCGCUUGUGUGGUCCUGGACCUUGGGCCGCGUCUCGGCGAGCAGCUUAUCGGGACUGAGGAAGCUGAUCAAGAUGUACGUAGCGUACAGCAGACACAUGGCGAUGCUCUCGGGCAGCUUGAUUUUGCCGUCGAGCAGGAAAAGCAGCGACAGCACCACGAGCGUGAGGAACAGAGCGACGUCCCUGACAAACGAGGUGUAGUCCACGGUGAAGGGGCGGACGAUGGCCAUGCUGCCGACCACGACGGUGAGCGCGAAAUUGGCGGACCCGAGCAGCUCGCCGAUGGCCAGCGCCGUGGAGCCGGAGUUCAUAGCGAUCCAGGUCGACAGGAUGUCGGGGGAGCCGUUGGCAAACGCCAGCAGCGUGAGCCCGGACAGUUUCUCGCCGAGAUUGAGCAGUCUGGCCAGAAACGUGAGGUUGGGCGUGAGGCAGUUGGACGCCAGGAACCCAAGCACAAAAAACAGCGUUGA